AUGGACCCCGCACUGCUGUCUCCGCCUCCGUCGGGCGAUGUCCCGUUGAGCCCGACACUGGUGUCCUCUGUGCCAUCCUCGCCUCGCGUUGCGCCCACGCGUACUGUGGCCAUCAUCAAGCCCCACGCGCUCGACCACCGGUUCGACAUUGAACACCGCAUCACUGAGGCCAGCUUCGAGAUUGUCAAGGAGCGCCAGAUGGAGUUUGAUGUAGAGUCGGACCCAGAUACGCUGUUCGAGCUCUUCGGCGAAGAUGCACGCGCUUUCGCAGAGUAA